AUGGGCCGAACGGGCAGACGCUUCAUCGUGAUAGACCGCGAUGUCGUUGAACUUCCUGUCGAGCAUCGCUCUCCACCCUCUUCGAGCACCACGACAAUGGUCAGGACCUUAGCGAGCCGGUCGCGCUUCCAAGAAAAGCGCUGGAUUUACGCACACCUUGUCACCCACGCCAGUCCUCAUCCACAUCAUCAUAUACGACUGCACCUCAUACCCAACGACAAAGGCCUUGAUGAGGCGGUCACGCUUCUCAGAGAAGUGCUCUGUGCCCAGCCGGUUGCCCACAUUCCUCCACCAUCCUUCGCUGGGUUUGUGCCCACUAGUGGCUCGAGUGCCUUGUGGCACGGGGUUAUGUCCAAGAUUUGGGCGGGGGGUGUUGCCUCUGCGACCGAGUUGGUCAGCCGGAUCUGUUCACGUUCAUGGAACCUUACGACUGCACAUAACCAAGACCUCGAUGAAGCAGUCGCGCUUCAUGGUGGAGCGCUGACUCCGCGCACAGCCAGCAGUCAUAACUUUCCUCAACGAUCCCCGUCAUUGAAUAACCUUACAAAUCAACUCUCUACCCGCCUUGAGCACCGAGGCAAUGAUGGAGACUCGGAUGAGGCUAUCAUGCUUCAGGGGGAAGCCCUGGAAUUGCGCACUGUCGGUCACCCAUAUCGGUCCCCAUCGUUGAAUAACCUGCAAAUCAACUCUCCAUCCGCUUGGAGCACCGAAGCGAUGACCAAGACCUGCAUGAGGCUAUACCGCUUCAGAGGGAAGCAAUGA